AUGAAGUUUAUGUCAGAUAGAAACAAAUUAUUUCAAAAAUCAAAUCCUUCUCUAUUCUUUUGUUUAUUAUUUACACGUCGUAAAAUUGUUUUAUGUAUAUUAUUUUCACUUAUAUUUCAUAAUUAUUUUUCGUCUGCUCAAAUAUCAUCAUCAACAACAAUCAUAAAAAUUCAAUCAAAUAAUAAAAGUUUAAUGAUUGAUUAUGAAUGGGCAAAUAAAUGUUCACCAGUUUCAAUUGAUGAAUUUCCACCAGAUUUUUUAACUGAUGAACAAAAACGUCAUGGAGGAAUCGUAUUACAUAUUGCCAUUAUUUGUUAUUUAUUUGCCACAUUAGAAAUUGUAUGUGAUGAUUAUUUUGCAACAGCUUUAGAACGUAUUGCUUUUAAUUUUAAUCUAACACCCGAUGUAGCUGGAGCAACUUUUAUGGCAAUGGCAACAUCUGCUAGUGAAUUUUUUACAUCAUUGGUUGGUGUAUUUUUUGUUAAAAGUGAUAUUGCUCUUGGUACCAUCGUUGGUUCAGCAGUAUUUAAUAUUCUCUUUGUUAUUGCUCUAUGUGCUCUAAUAACAAAAACCAUUUGUGAACUCGAUCCCUAUCCAAUUGUUCGAGAUGCCGGUUUUUAUUGUAUAGCUGUUGCAGUCUUGUAUAUAAUUAUUCGAGAUUCAAAAAUUUACUGGUAUGAAGCAAUGGCAUUAGUUUUACUCUAUUUUGUUUAUAUAAUAAUAAUGAAAUUCAAUGAUCGUAUAUCUCGUUUUGUACAUCAUCGAAAAAAAAAUCAAAAUCACACUGAUUCUGAUCGUAAAGCUAGUCUUACCGAUGGUGGAAGUGUUCCUCUAACAUCAGUUGUUACUGAUGAACAUACAACAGCUUCGACCACUACUCAUCAACAUCAUCCUCAUUAUCAUCAUCAUCAUCAUCAUCAUCAUCAUCAUCCACCAGCUCGUUCAAUCAGUGAAUCAGUGUUGAACGCAGCUGAUGCCGAUCCAAAAACUCAUACUACAUCUCACUCCUAUAAACCGAGUAAAAAACGUCUUCGAGAUGGUCAACAUAUUGUUGCUGAAGCAACAGAAAUCUUCUCACCUACUAGAGCACCAAAGAAAACUCAUAAAUUAAUUAAAUGGAUUUUAUUAUAUCCUGUUAGAUUACUGAUGCACAUAACAAUACCAGAUUGUCGAACAGCCGUAUUUAGAGAUUAUUAUUAUUUAACAUUUGUCAUGUCCACCAUAUGGGUUGCCGGUUUAGCUUAUAUUCUUGUUUGGUUAGUUGUUAUUGUUGGUUAUACUUUGAAAAUUCCCGAUUCUGUAAUGGGUUUAACAUUAUUAGCAGCUGGUUCAUCAACAGAAGAAAUAUUUAAUGCUGUAGUAAUGACGCGAAGAGGUCAUCCUGAAAUGGCCAUUGCCGGUUCGAUUGGCUCCAAUGUAUUUGAUAUUCUCAUGGGUUUAGGUAUACCAUGGUUAUUUCGAAAUUUAAUUCGUAGUACACCGCCUAUAGGACCAGACUAUGUUGAAGUUUUUAGUAAAGGUUUACAAUAUUCAACAAUUAUUUUAUUUGCAUCAAUAGCAUUAUUUCUAAUAACAUUUUUUAUUAAUCGAUGUCGUCUAACAAAAUCCUAUGGAAUUUUUCUCAUUGUUAUUUGGUUUACAGUUAUUGUUGUUAUGUGUAUGCUUGAACUAAAUAUAUUUGGACAAUUUCAUCCAAAACCGUGUCUUCGAGUACCGUUCAUUCACAACGAUUAA